UGUUUAUUCCCUGAAUGAAUGUAAUUAUACAAUAGGAUAAACAGUGUACAAGCACAGAUUUAAAAGUCUGUCAAAAUUACUCAAGUGCCCAGUCAAAGUUUUUCUCCUAGAUAUAUUGCAAAGAUGGCCAAUGCUUGCGGAAAAAAAGCAUCACCCCUAGUUGAGGACUUGGCGAAUCAAGAUGGAGAAAAUCAUUACAAUAAGAAGGUUACUAAAGCUACUUCCUCAAUUGCAAACCGGCGCAAGAGAAUGAAGUUGCCAAAGUCGAAUAUUGUGACAUUGAGCUUAGCGAAGUGUUUUGCAGUUAAUAAAGGAGACGUGAGAAUAAAUUCUUCUAGGAAGUGUCCGAAAGAACGUAAAGCUGAAGAAAUCGUCGCUAAUAGCUCUUGCGAAUCCACUCCAUUGAAGCCGCAGCACUCAGAGAAUGGUAAUCUCAGAAAGAACAAAGUUAAUUCUCGAAUUUCCAAAAAGAAAUCAAGAUUAGGCUUAAAAAAAAUAGCAGCAAUGAAGAAGAAAAAGAUAUCUUCUAUCAGCAAACGCUUCAUAAAAGAAUUCGUUUACUUCUCCAAAAGAGGAAGUGCGAAUCCUUCAAAUGGAAAGACUAUAUCUUAUCAACGCACUCUUUGGUGGCUGAAGAAAGCAGCUGUUAUUGACAACAGAAGAAUCACAAAAAAUGACGUCGAAAUUCAUUUCAUAAACAAGUUGAAGUCAAGACAAGAACUCACAGUUUUGGAAUUCAUUGGAUUCUUAAAGUCUUUAUGCGAUGACAGAGGAGCUAAAAUGUCUUCCGUGGUUAAGAAAUUAGUGGAAUAUAGAUCCUCCAAGAGCUCUUCAGAACAAAACAGCACACAGCCUAGAAAUCUGAGACUAACUGAACCAAAAUCUCUGAAUCCGACCAUUGACAUUUUUAAAUCCACCCGGAAAGGUAAAAUUUUAAAAGAAAAGGAAGUACCAAGCACAUUGAAAGGUGACAAAAGUAAUGCAAGACAGCAAAUUCCCGAAAAUGAACGUUGCACGUUAAACGAAGUGUCUGUUCCAAUAAGCUUAAAGAACAUUUCAUUUGAGGACACCACUAUGUUAGCAAAGGAAUCUUUUGAAAAAAGUGACUGGGACAAUACAAAGAGAUUAGAUGGAACCUUUCGUACUACAUCACAUAACACUGCCACAUCGAGUUGCUCAAAUGUAUCUGUUCUCAGAGCAAGGAAAUGUCGAUCGAGUUUCAGCUUAGAUUUACCAGAACUUAUUAACUGUGAUGAAAUUAAAGUUCAAAUUUCAAAAUCUACUGGGAAUGUUUCAGGUCCAGCGAGCGAUCGCAACACCCAAUACGGCGAUGGAAACGAUUACCAUAAAUCAAAUAUAUCUUCAGUCAAUCCUAAGAAGUAUGAAUUGGAAAGAAAUGAGUCUAGCAAUAGAAUGUUGACCACCAGGGUAAAGGAAAAUGGAAAGCACUGCCCAGCAGAAGAACAACUAAAUGACGAACCUAUGAAUACUCUCUUGAAGAGUAAUAAAGUUGACAUUGGAGAGGCACCACUGGAAAUACUUCAAGUUUUGCGUGAAGCUAUUCAAACCGCGUCUGAAAAUACCCAACCGCAGGAUAUAAAAAGGGUGAAUAAGGGUAUGGAUAAAAAUAUGUCGCAGAGUAAGAAAUUACUCUCUCAGCAAAUCAGGCUUGAGUAUGUUGCCAAUAUCAUUCGAGAGGUUCUCUUUUUAUGUGAAAAAGAUGAUAAAAGAAGCAAUGAAGAAAUUCAUGCGAAGUGCAUUAAACCCAAAAUGGAAAGGACCGUUUCAAGUGAAGAAGUCUCAGAAAAGGUUUUCAAGAAAGAAUUACAACAUUCAGAACUUCCAGACCAGUAUGAAGAAAAUGGUAAAAAAGGGCAAGUAGCUCAUUUUUUGAAAAAUCAAAUUAAAGGCACCAAAAGCCACUUCGUAAACAACAUAAAAGAAGACCAGUAUUUGGAAGCAGACAUAAACAAAAAGCUUCAGACAGUAUCUCCAAGUUACAGAGUUACUAACCUAAAUAAAAUGGUUUGUCAAAACUUAAGUGUAACUCAAAUCAAGGGCACCGAUCCUGAUAUUACUAACAAAUACUCCUGUCAUGAUAAAAUCCCGAAUAAUGCUAUGGAAGAUUUAACUAAAGCCGAGGCAGAACUAAACGUUGCAAAAUCUGAUUAUAAGAAAAAACAGAAUGGAAAUGAAAAAAUGUAUAAGGUGGAUGAUUCCAGAUGUAUUAGGAAAGCAAACUGUUCAAGAAGUGAAUUCAGUAUUGCUAAUAAAUCUUUAAAAAUAAAAGAAAAUAAAGCAUCUAAUAUCGUUAGAUCUCAUCGCAAAGUAAUAAAAACGUUCACAAACUUGCCAUUAAGAACAGUGCAGAAAGCAUUUGCUAUGAGUAAAAAAAUUAAAAACAAAAAAUUAAAAUUAGAUAAGUUAACAGUGGAAGACAAAUGUAAGAAACUGCAAACUACUAAAAGUAUUCUGCCAACUGCUGCUAAAAAAAUAAAACAGUCUUUAAUGACAGAUGAUUUGACCUCUCAGCGGAAUGAAAUGAAUAUAAAACGAAAUACGAAAGUAUUGAAAACUAAGCCUAGGCAGCUGUCAAGUUUGAAGUCUUCAGAAAGAUUAAAACCAGACCAUCUCGUGAGAAAUAAAGAAAAUUUUAAACGAGAUAUUAAAAUUGCCUACAAAGUCAGAAGUCCAAAACAGAGAAAUCCAUUUCGUGAAACAGGAACCGGUAAUUACGACAAGAGUUUUAAAACUAAUGAUAUUAAAAAUCUUGCAGUGAUACUACAAGAAAACCAGUUGGCGUUGAGAAAACCAUUUCUGGGGGCAGAAAAAUGCAAGGCUAAUUGGAAAUUUAUUGAAUGCAUGGCUAAAAUAAUUGAAAACAGUCACAAUGUUAAGGAUUCUAGAUUCAAUUCAGAGACGCUCAAAGAUAAUGAAAACGAAGGGUCAAACAAGAAAGCAAAUAAACCUAUCACCAGGAGCAAAACAGGUACUGACGUUUGCAAUGCGAAUACCGAUUGCAGAAACAUCGAGAAUGUCACUGCUGAUCUAUCAAAUUUAAAUAUUGUUCGCGAAAAGCAUUUGGGAUUUCAAAACUCUAAUAGAGAUGUCAGAAUACCUGGUGAGCACGUAAUGAAAACUACAGAAAGUGACUGCAAAACUAAAAAUAUGAAAGCAUGUUCAGAUGCACCUCAAAAUCAGGUAAGAAUGAAACGGAAAGAUAAGAAUAGUACGAAAUUUCUCAAGAAAACGAACAAAAAUGUAAGAAAGAAGUCUAAUAAUAAUGGUAGAGCUCAAGUAACCGAUAAAAAUUUCUCGACGUUGGAAGUCACGAGCAAAGAAACAUCAGAAUUAAGUAAAAUGACUAAAUAUUCGGGUUGCCAGAUAAAAACUAUGCAAAACAGAAAUCAAUUUCGAAAAUGUCAAAAAUACCAUAGGAAGGUUAAGAAUAUAAUUAAUAUUGAAACUAAUUUUAAGGAUCUGAGAAGUCAUGCUCUUAGCGAAACAAAUAAACAAGAUCAGAAUAUGGCAAGCAAUACAUCUUUGCACAUACAGUCGAUGAUCCAGGUUGCUUUUAUGGCCGAACAAAGCGCAUUUAGCGAAUCCACAGAAGAGAAUUUAGAUGGAAAAUCAAAAAUCGCAGCAAUCCACGAUGUUGUUAAAGAUAAAAUGAUUACUUUUAAUGGAUACGAAGAAGAUUUUCAAGAGAUUGAGGAAAUGGCGACCUCUCAAAAUAGCAGUGGACAUGAAGAAAUUAUUUUUAAUGCAUGCGAGAAGGAUGACCUUGAACAAAGAGAAGGAAUAACCCAAAUCCAUACCAAGAAAAUCGGCAAAAAAACUCGUCGUAAGGUGGCAAAGACUUUCACAAACUUGCCAGUACGAAAAGUAGAGAAAGCGCUUGCAAAGAUCGAAAAGGAGAAGAGACGAAAGCUGAUAAAUAUUGAAAGCAGGAAGAAUACUUCACAAAAUAAAUCAAUCACAGAUAACACAGAUAAAAGUAAAGCAAAUACCAGUGCAUCUAAAAAUGUUAGUCACUCAAUAACAAGAAUUAUUGCAAAGAAUAAAAGCACAUUCACUAACAGCAUCCAAGAUUCUAAUAUUCCAGAUAAUCAAAAUGAAAUUCCAGCGAAUCAGGCAAAAUCCAAAUCUGCAAACAAUAUUCUUAAUGCUGAACUGAGCGAGAACGUAAAGCCUAAGAACCCUAAAAAGAAAAAAAUAAAUAAAGCUGGCAAAAAAAGGAAACUGAAGAGAAAACAUUUGCAAGACCCAGAAACACUUCUACAGUCCACUUUGGCAGCUUAAAACCACUCAUUAGUACUGUGAAAAAAAGAUAACUGCAAACAUCAUUUACUGUCGUCAAAUAUGUUUUUAAGAUAAGUAAUUUUUAUUUUGUACGUAACAGAAUAAAAUGAUU